AUGGCUCUGCCCCUUGGGCCCAGAAACCUCGCAACUGUUACUCAGCCUCCAGCCCACUACCCUGAAAUUGAUAUGAAUCAGAAUACACGGGCCUUCAUUGAGAACCCUCUCCGCAAAUAUACACCAGAAGCCCUGGAUGCGCUCGUCAAUAGUUUUAUUGAAGAGAUGGGACUGCACGACCUUGCGGAUUCCUUGCACAAAGGUGCCCAAACAGGCCGCGAUCCGUUUGCACCGCAAGUGGCGAGAGACCUGGAUGAAAACGAGCUGGAAGCUUUGAAGGAUGAGAACAGGCAUCCGUUUCGGCAUCCUCCCAAAUUCUGGCUCACAAUUUCUCUGCUAUGUUGUGGUGCCCUUCUCCAAGGAUGGAGCCAGGUUGGGAUAAACGCUGCCAACAUCGCAUGGCCAGCAGAAUUUGGCAUUGAUGAAACAACAGAUUAUGGAAACUGGGUAUUUGCCCUUGUCAAUUCCGCAGUCUACUUUGCCUCUGCGCUGUUUGGUUGUUGGCUUAGCGAUCCCCUGAAUAACAUCUAUGGCCGAAGAGGAUGUGUACUGUUUGCUGCAGUGUUCAGCUUCGCCGCCUCCUUGGGCGCAGCAUUGACGCAGAACUGGUGGCAGUUGCUUCUUUGUCGGAUUCUCUUAGGUCUGGGCAUGGGGGUUAAAGCAAGUGAGUCGCCGAGAUAUCUCAUCCGGAAACGUUUGUUCCCCAGGCUUGACGAGGGACUUGCUGCCAAAAGCCCCUGUCUGGAUCUAGCGGAGGCUGACUCUGGAGCAGAUGAAUAUCGCCAGGCCUACCAAAGUCUUCUACUUCUUCGAAACACGCCUCUACAAGCGAGUAGAGACCUGAUGUUGAUAUCUGCUCAAGUUCGUGUUGAACAAGAGCUUUUCAGAGCUUCAGGAGCCACUGGUAGGAUGUAUGCCAAACGUUUCUUUCAGCUCUUCUCUCAGCCUCGUAUAAGAAGAGCGACAAUGGGCUCAGCAGCAGUCUUUGUGGCAGUUUGUCUCCCCAUCGAAUCUAUCGGUCGUUUUGUAGCUAACCUUCUACCAUUCAACUGUAUCAUUUUCUACUCAACGACUUUGUAUGUCAACGCAAAUGCAGGUGAAUUCACCUCGAUGUUCGUGUCCUGGGGUAUUGGGCUUGUGAAUUUUUUAUUCGGCCUCCCCGGAUUUUACUUUAUCGACCGUGCUGGUAGAAGGCCACUUCUACUCCACCUAUACCCACAUCUUGCUUGGACAACUCUUGCGGCUGCAAUGAGCUAUUACAUCCCUGAAAAUGAUAUCGCUCGCUUGAGAGUGAUUAUCAUGUGGGAAUUUCUCUUCGUUGCCUUCUAUUCUCCAGGCCAAGGACCUGUUCCUUUUUUAUACUCCGCAGAAUCAUUCCCGGUAACUCACCGUGAGGUUGGCAUGAGCUUUGCAGUAGCGGUCAAUCUAUUCUUUGCGGGAAUUUUGACUCUUCUGUUUCCUCGAAUGGAUCAUGCUAUUGGUGCUGUUCGUUCAUUGGCCACCUUCGCGGGACUGAACCUUGUGGCUUGGGUCCUGAUAUUCUUUUUGGCCCCGGAAACAAAAGAAUACACCCUUGAAGAGCUUGAUUCCGUCUCUCUGCUCUCAGACGCGGUCGAGCUCAUCAAACCUGCUAUUGCAAACCUUGGAGUCGUCGAGCUUCUUCGAACGGGAAAAGAGGUCUACUCCGAAAGCGAUCCUCAGAACACUGAAGGACUCUCACGCAACAGUGCUGGCCCAGUUAGACAGGUGGUAGAAUAUGACUCUGUCCGUGCUGCGUUCCGAAGAGACUUUUGGCCAGGAGAGUGA